AUGAGCGUCCUCGCCGUCGGACAGGCGUCGGCGCUCGAGGCGGACCGGCCGUCGUGGGUGGCGGUAGUCCAGGCGCUUGGAACGCUCUCGAGCCAGCUGGGCGCGCUGCAGACGGCGGCGGAGCGGUCGGCCGCCAUCUCCUCCUUCUACGCCGACCUCAACCCCAAGCUCUCGGAGCUGGGCCCGCUGGGCAGCCUCGCGCAGCAGCGGCUGGCGAUGAUGAUGCGCGAGCUGUCGCUCGACGGUGGCGGCGGAGAGAUUGUGUUGCCGGCGCUUUCGGCGGUCAAGAGGCGCCGCGCGUUUCCGUCGGCGGAGGGCCCGUGAUGCUCGGGGCGCCCGCGGUCCACCUCGCCUCCCCCCUCGUCUACCCCGGGGGCGACCGCUGGCCGAUCGCACCGGCGCCUGCCGCGCACGCGCGGAGCGGAGCGGCGAGGCAGUCAGUGUCGCCUCUGACGGCGGCGAUGCUGCCCUCGCCGCACGCCGAGACCUCGCGGCCGAGCCGCGCUUCGGGGAGUGACCAGCGGCCCAAGCUGCACGCGUGCAAGAACUGCCAAAAGGCAAAGACGGCCUGCACAGACCAGCGGCCCUGUGCGCGCUGCGUGCGGCUGGGGCUGCAGUGCGAGGGCGCUGCGACGCCGGUGCGGCGCGCGUCCUCGCAUUCCAAGCGGCCCAGGGUGGACAAGAACAAGAAGCGCGCGACGGAGGCGCCCAGCGGCCUCCCCCUCCCCCAGCAGCCGCCGCACGGCCAGCUCGCGUCGCGCGCGCAGCUGCGGCAGCCCGCCGCCACCGCCGCCGCCGCCGCCGCCGCCGCCAGUGCCGCCGCCGCAGCUGCCGCCGCCGCCGCC